AUGAAGUGGUCUUUUGUGUGCACCAAGUCUGGUUCCUCUGGUGUCACCGCUAUGAAGAAAGUGGGUCAACAGCUCUGGCUGGAGGUAGGGCUGAACUCUGUGAAGGUUUUCCAGGCAGCUGCAGACUUGAAACAGUUCUGUCUGGAGAAUGCUCAAUAUGACCCCCUGCUGACUGGAGUAUCUUCAACUACCAAUCCCUUCAGACUCCAGAAAGUCUGUUCCUUUUUGUAG